GUUAAUGAUUGGCUCAAUUCAAUUUCUCUUGUCCAAUAGUUGUUUAGCUACAGCGCGGGUAGUUCCGAAAUUGACCAAUAAGUGAUGGUGUUUGUAAAUAAAAGCCGCUGAGCUCCGUCAUGUCCCCCAUUCACUUCGUUACAAGUCGCAAUGGCAAGAACCAAGCAGACAGCCCGUAAAUCCACUGGUGGCAAAGCGCCCAGGAAGCAGCUGGCCACCAAGGCAGCUCGCAAGAGCGCCCCUGCUACCGGUGGAGUUAAAAAGCCUCAUCGUUAUAGGCCUGGCACCGUGGCUCUGAGGGAAAUUCGUCGCUACCAGAAGUCAACGGAGUUGCUCAUUCGCAAACUCCCGUUUCAGCGCCUGGUGAGAGAAAUUGCUCAAGAUUUCAAGACUGAUCUGCGCUUCCAGAGCUCAGCUGUAAUGGCUCUACAGGAGGCUAGCGAGGCUUACCUGGUUGGCCUGUUUGAGGACACUAACCUCUGCGCUAUCCAUGCUAAGAGAGUUACCAUCAUGCCCAAAGACAUCCAGUUGGCUCGCAGAAUCCGGGGAGAGAGGGCUUAGGUUUUCUCAACCCAACCUUAAAGGCUCUUUUAAGAGCCACCACACUCUCCACUAAAUGAGUCAGUCCUUUACUUACAACUAGUACAAGUAUUGUUGUUGUACUGCAUGUCUUUUCAGUUAUUGAACACAAUAUUUUGUUCUCAUUAAGUAGUUGUAUUUGAAACCACGUGGGUGGGUUGUUUGGAAUGCAAUAUACCAUACAAUUCAAAAGGGGGGAAGAACAUUUAAAUAUAAUUUCUCACAUCAUAAUGAUUACACUGUGUAUAUGGAGAGUGCUUCCACUUGAUGAAACAUUUACAUGUUCCAUUAAUUAUUUAGUAACUAUCUUGACAUGAUUGGAAACGGCACUUAAAGC